GACGGCUCUGGUUGCCCUAACAGAUGAUCUCCGUAGAAAACUGGAUCGAGGCGGAUUAUCCGGAGCUUUGGGCUGGGCUGUCACCAAUAUGCUGAUGACACUCAGCUCUAUCUGCUGAUGGAUGGCCACACCGACUCGGCCCCGAACACACUGACCAGAUGCUUGGAAGCUGUGGCUGGAUGGUUUCGUGGGAGCCGAUUGAAACUAAAUUCUUCGAAGACAGAGGUCCUAUGGCUAGGUCGGGAUGGCAUGGGGAUGAGGGACCAACUCCCUUCUCUUGUGGGGGCCCAAUUAGUGCCAUUGCCUUCCGUUAAGGGUUUGGGUGUAAUCCUUGAUGCCUCCCUUUCCAUGGAGGCGCAAGUUACAGCAACAGCCAAGGCGACAUUUUUCCACCUUCGCCGCAUCAAGCAGUUGGUCCCUUACCUUUCCCGCCCCGACCUGGCCACAGUGAUCCAUGCGACGGUCAUCUCCAGGCUUGACUACUGUAAUUCGCUCUACGCGGCGCUGCCCUUGAAGCUGUCCCAGAAACUCCAGCGGGUACAGAAUGCUGCAGCAAGGCUCCUCACGGGGUCUCUGCCAUGGGAGCAUAUUCACCCAGUGCUUUUCAAGCUGCACUGGCUCCCGGUGGAGUACAGGGUCAGAUUUAAGGUGCUGCUUUUGACCUUUAAAGCCCUUCACGGCCUAGGACCCUUGUACCUACGGGACCGCCUCUCCUGGUAUGCCCCACGGAGAGCCUCAAGGUCCAUAAAUAACAACACCCUAGUGGUCCCAGGCCCUAAGGAAGUUAGAUUGGCUUCAACCAGAGCCAGGGCCUUUUCAACUCUGGCUCUAGCCUGGUGGAACGCUCUGCCUCAUGAGACCAGGGCCCUGCAGGAUCUGAUUUCUUUCCGCAGGGCCUGUAAGACAGAGUUGUUCCACCUGGCCUUUGGCUUGGAGCCAAUUUGAUUCCCUCCCUCCCUCUCUUUCUUUUUUCCUUUCCUUCUCCUCCUGCGAUGAGGCUACAUUUUAAUAUUUUAAUGUUCCAUUAUUUUAAUGUUGUAUUUUAUUUUUGUUUUUAAGUUGUAAUCAUUCAUCUUGUUUUUAUUAUUGCUUGUAAGCCGCUCUGAGCCCGGCCUUGGCUGGGGAGGGCGGGGUAUAAAUAAAAUAUUAUUAUUAUUAUUAUUAUUAUUA